AAUGGGCUCUGGUUACAACUGCUGGUACCACUGUUGCAGACAAACCCUGACAUCAGCACUUUGCAAGACAUUUUGCUUGGAGAAAAGGGGCACACCUUUUAUUUGCAAUCUCAAAUUUCCUAACCAAUCAUUUUAACUUUGAACAUUAUUCUAAGUCCUCCCCCGGCUUCAAAAGUGCAACCUUGUGGCUACCUGUUGCGGCAGAAACUUCUGCAACACAAAAGCUGCGGAGGUAGUGCUGAAACCUUUGCAAGCUAUCGGAAACCUCCAUCCCUGCGGAUAAAAGGGUUAUCAACAGAACCAGAGGCGUUAAAACUAUGUGCUAAACGAAAAGCACAUUGCAGUGCAGUGGAUGUAACUCCAGACAUCAAGUCCUCGACCUUCUGUGAAGCACAAUGAAAGACGACUUUGCUGAUGACGAGGAGGUCCAUUCCUUUGGCUACAAGAGGUUUGGAAUCCAAGAGGGUACAGAGUGCACCAAGUGUAAGAAUCACUGGGCGUUGAGAGCAGCUAUAGCCCUGCUCUACGUGCUGUGUGCCCUGCUCACCAUAGCGGUGGCCGUGCUCGGAUACAAAGUGGUGCAGAGGAUGGAUGACGUUACGCUACAAAACUCUGCAGAGCACCACAUCAACGAGAAAUCGGCAAACGCCACCAGUGCCAUCCAGACCUUCCAGUCCAACCUCCAGACCCUGCAGAGCCAGCUGCACGACAUCGCCCAGCGGGCCGGCGCCAACCAGGCCCUGCUGGACGAGCUCCAGGAGACGGGCGAGGUCACGCAGAGGGGCCACGUGUCCCUGCAGGGCGACGUCGACGGCAACGCGGCGUCCCUGCUCCGGGUCAACCAGACGCUGACCUCCCACAGCGGCACCAUCGAGGACCUGCAGGAGGACACGGCCAGGCUGCAGUCGGCGCUCCAGGGCCAGGCCAGGGACCAGGGCGAGGCGGCGGUGGGCGUCAACGCCCUGAACAUCACCCAGGCCCAGCAGCGCGGCCUGCUCAGCAACCUGCAGAAGACGGUGGAGGCCACGGGGCGGGCCGUGCAGAAGCUGAAGAACGACUACCAGGGCCUGCAGCAGACGGCCCGGCAGACGCAGGCCGACGCCGUCUUGCUGAAGGAGAAGGUCCAGAACCUCCACGUGGUGGCGGCCAACAACUCGGCGCAGGCCCGCUCCGACGGAGAGGCCUUGGAGGACAUGGGCUCCCAGCUGGGCUCGCUGGCGCUGCAGAUCCAGAACACGUCGUCGGUGACGGAGGGGCACGACCAGAGCCUCCGGGAGCUGAUGGACCGCCAGCGGGACCACGACCACGACAAAUCGGCGCAGUUCGACCGCUUGGAGGUGCGGCUGGACCGGCAGGAGAGCGGCAUGAACCGCGUGAUCGGGAACGUGAGCUUCGCCUCGCAGCUCCUGGGCGCCAUCAGCACCGACCUCAACGGCCUGCGGACCUGCGCGGAGACGGUGGCCCACCACGCGGAUCUGCUGCUGGCCCUGAACGGGAGCGUGAGCGAGGCCAAGGCGUACAGCGUGGGGCUGCGGACCCAGCAGGACGAGCUGGCCGGCCGGCUGGAUCGAGAGGUCAGCAACCUGACGAUGGUGAUGGCGGAAAUGAAGCUGGUGGACAGCCAGCACUCAAACCUCAUCACCAACUUCACCAUCCUGCAAGGACCCCCAGGUCCGAAAGGCCCCAGAGGUGACAGGGGGCCACAGGGCCCGGUGGGCACGUCGGGACAGAAGGGUGAGAGAGGGGACAAAGGCAUGACAGGCGGGCGGGGACCUGAAGGACAAAAGGGUUCUGCAGGACUAUCCGGGGUGCCGGGUUCUAAGGGAGCGACCGGGGACCGGGGCGUCCCCGGAGCCAAAGGGUCCCGGGGAUCGUCAGGUCGGCCAGGCCCUGCGGGGGAGAAGGGGGAGUCCGGCACUCCGGGGGCUAACGGCUGGGAAGGACAGAAGGGGACGGCGGGAUUACAAGGGCCUCAGGGGCCGCGAGGACCUCUCGGGGCUCCGGGGUCGGAGGGACCGCGCGGGCACCCUGGUCUGCCGGGGCCACCGGGGCGUCCGGCGGAUCCCCCUGUGCAACCCCAACCCCCGCCCCAUGUACCCCCACACACUCCCCAGCAGGACAAACCCCCUCCACCCUCCAAGCCGGUCCCAGUACCAGAGACCCCCAUGGUGUCCCCCCAUGUGCAGCCCCCCGCUGGCCCCACCCCACUACCUGGCUGCCCUCUUGAAUGGAUUUCCUUUGAGGACAGCUGCUACUACUUCUCCUCUGGGGCUCAGAAGUUAAAUUUUACAGAAACCAAGAUAUUCUGUACCAACAUGUCAUCCUCUAUGGUCAUGAUCAAAAGCAACGAGGAGCAGGAAUGGAUAAAAAAGCAGAUUGCCAGAAAGGGCUUCUUCUGGCUGGGCUUGACAGACAUGGAGACGGAGAACGUGUGGAAGUGGGUCGAUGGGACCCUACCCGUUUUCACGAAGUGGAAACCUGGCCAGCCUGACAACUGGGACCAGGGCUACUCAAAGGGAGAGGACUGCGCAGGACAAAAAAAAGAGAAGAAGGCGGAAUCUGUUGUCAACACAUCAGCCAUGCCUCUCUUCACGACAAAUCCCUUUGACCAAGAUGUUGAGAAAGCAACCAGUGAGAUGAACACAGCCGAGGACUGGGGCCUCAUUUUGGACAUCUGUGAUAAAAUAGGACAGUCCCGUACUGGUCCGAAAGAAUGUCUUCGCUCGAUAAUGAGACGAGUGAACCACAAGGACCCGCAUGUGGCCAUGCAGGCACUGACUCUACUUGGUGCCUGUGUUUCAAACUGUGGGAAAAUAUUUCACUUGGAGGUCUGCUCCAGAGAGUUUGCUAGUGAAGUCAGCAAUGUUCUGAACAAGGGCCACCCGAAAGUCUGUGAGAAGCUGAAGGCCCUGAUGGUGGAGUGGGCGGAAGACUUCCGGAACGAUCCUCAGCUUAGCCUCAUCUCGGCCAUGAUCAAGAACCUCAGAGAGCAGGGUGUCACCUUCCCGGCCGUGGGCUCCCAGGCUGCAGAGCAGGCGAAGGCAAGCCCUGCGAUGGUUGCCAAGGACCCUGCCACCGCCUCCACUAAAAAGGAGGAGGAAGACCUGGCCAAAGCCAUCGAGCUGUCGCUGAAGGAGCAGCGCGGGCAGCCCCAGGGUUCCCUGUCCAGCCUGUACCCCAGCGCCUCCAGCCUGCUCCCCUCUCAGAAGGCGGACGGCCGGAAGGUGCGCGCCAUCUAUGACUUUGAGGCGGCCGAAGACAACGAGCUCACGUUCAAGUCCGGGGAGAUCAUCACCAUCCUCGACGACAGCGACCCCAACUGGUGGAAAGGGGAAACAUACCAGGGAGUGGGCCUCUUCCCCUCCAACUUUGUAACUGCGGACCUAACCGCUGAGCCAGAGAUGGUCAAGACCGAGAAGAAAUCGGUGCAGUUCAACGAAGAGGUCCAGGUGGAAACCCUGGAGCCGGAGCCAGAGCCCGUGUUUAUCGAUGAGGAGAAAAUGGACCAGCUGCUGCAGAUGAUUCAGAGUGCCGACCCCACGGAUAACCAGUCAGAUGCUGUCGAACUGCUCCAGUUGGAAGGUGCCUGCAACCAAAUGGGACCACUCAUUGACCAGAAGCUGGAGGAUAUAGACAGUAGGCACUCUGAGCUGUCGGAGCUCAACGUGAAGCUGAUGGAGGCGCUGUCCAUGUACGCCAAGCUGAUGAACGAGGACCCCGUGUACGGCAUGUACGCCAAGCUCCAGAGCCAACAGUACUACAUGCAGCAGCCCCAGCAGCCGCCCGCCAACACGGCCCAGCAGGGGUAUCCCGUUCAGCCAAGCUCGUAUGCCAUGGGCCCGGGGAUGCAGGGCUACCCUGUGUCCAUGGAGCAGCUCCAGGUGGGGCCUCCCAUGCCUGGCCAAGCAGCACCCAGUGACAUCCACAUGUACAUGGGCCAGCCGCCCGUCUACAGCCCGUCCCCGGCAGACGUCCAGGCCUACCAGAACCAGGCCAGCCUCCCCGGCCCUCCCCCGGGCCCCGGCGUCAUGAACCAGCCGCCCAGCUACAGCGCGUCCUCUGGUCAGAGCUUACAGGCCCCCACAGACCCCCAACACAUCCCGUACCCGGAGAAAGCCCUGCUAUAGGGAACCUGCACGUUACCAAACCCUCAUACACACACACACACACACUACACACGCACACAGCACAUGUGCACUCCACACGCAAACAGCACAUGCACACUCCACAUGCACACUCCACUUGCAUACGCCACAUGCACACUCUGAUUGUGUGCAUGUGGCCUUUCUUCUGUACUGCUUUAAGUUACUGGUAGGGAGGGGGCGCUACUCCCCAAGUGUUAAGCUAAUACUCUACAGAUGCUUUUCUGUAAUGGGCC